GAAAUUCGAUUGGUUCGGAUACACGGUGGGAGCAAGCACGAAGUCAUCAAAUGCUCUUUGAAAGUAGUUUCCCUCAGCGCUUGUCCUUCCUACGAGGCCCUCAGCUAUCGGUGGGGUUCGAAUCGUCAGCUUGAGACUGUCCAGCUGGAUGGACAUGAUUUCGAUGUAACACCUAACCUGGCAGCGGCGUUGCGCAAAUUUAGGAAAAGGAAGAAUCGACUUCUCUGGAUCGACCAACUGUGCGUGAACCAAACGGACAUGGAUGAGCGCAAUGAACAGGUGCCAGUAAUGGGCCAGAUCUAUUCCCAAGCCAGAAAGGUGCUUGUUUGGCUCGGGGUCGAUUCACAUCAAGAAGCACCACUUGCUCAGCAACUGAUAAGAGACCUG